AUGGCCCUGUGGCGUUCGCUUCGCCUGGGCAACCGCUACAUCAGUCGGCACGUGCUCCUGCUGCGCUUUUACCUGGCGCAGUUCUACUACCUGGGCCUGAUGCACCUCCGCUACGAGGAGUCCCACAACGAGGCACUUGGCCUCUGGUUCGGCUUCUUCUUCACGCUGGCCCUCCGGGAUCCCAAUGCCCUGAUGCUGCACCUCCAACUGGUGGGCUUCACCUGCUGCCUGCUCAUCCAGCCCAGAGGAGUGCUCGAGGAGCGGGAGCGACUGGCGAACCGAAUGCUGCGGAUAAUGCCGCAACUGUGUCGCCUCUGCAGGCGGAAGCUGCACUUGUCCUGGAUCCUGGUGCUCCAGUUGCUCCUUAAACUGCUCACCCUUCGCAUGUUCUACGAGGAACUGCUGGGUCCAAUAGCCACCAGCUGGAAGGUGCUCUUCAUUGUGCUCUUCGUGGUGCCCGUUUCGCUGGCCAUUUGGGUGAUGGACAUCACCUCACACCUGAUCAUCAUCGUCCUCUCGCUGCUGCUCAAGUCCUUUGAGAUGGUGAACGCCGAGAUGGCAGCCAUCGACGAAGCGCUUUGUUUGGAGAUCCUGCCAUCGGACUUUCCAGCGGUACGGAGGUUACAGAGGCGUCUGUCUUCCCUGCAGCGCCUGCAUCGAUCUUAUGAGAGGAUCACCCGCGAAUUGAUCGAUUGCCUGAGUCCCCAGUUGCUGUUGAUUGUCCUCUACUACCUGAGCACCAUCUACACCUUUUCGAGUGGCAGGUGGGGGCGUGUUUUCCAGUUUGCCAUCAUCGUCAACAGUCUGCGAUCGCUGCUGUGCAUCCUCGACGAGCUGGUGGCCACCAUUGCUGCUCCGCAGGACAACCUUCAGUUCGAGCAGGUCCUGGCCACCCAUGGAUGGUUGGAGCACAAGAGAUUGCGAUGGGGACUCCAGCAGGCCGACUCCUUUGGCCAGAGCUCGAGGCGCUGUUGCCUCCAAAGGACGCCACUCGUUCUCGGAUUGGUCACGCCCAACAGACGACUCUUGUUCCGCAUUCUCUUCGCCUUUUGGAGCCUUCUGCAUCUGCACUACAUGUGGAAAAAAACUGCUUUGGUGGCCGAAAAGGAAAUCUUUAUCGGUUCGGAACUUAGUUUAAAACCCAAGCAUUAA